ACCUGCGCCCCCAGGGAGGGUGAGUAGAACGGGGCGGGGCGCUGUGGGGCGGACGGAGAAUCUGGCCUCCCGUCUCCCACCUGCUCGCGGAGGGAUUCCAAUCUAGCUGCUUCUUCGGGAUCCCUGUUUUCCAAGAUGGAGCGGCCGGAGCGGGCGGAGGACGGAGGAAGCGGCCUCUCUGAGCCCCCGAAGCCUCCAGCCUGCGGCCCUGCUCCCCAGACGCUGGCCCUGAGUCAGGUGGGGGCCGGGCCGGUGAUGGCGCCGGGAUCCCUGCUGCCCCAGCUCCUCCCCGAGGGUCUGGCCGCCCUCACCAUCCCCAUCCGCCUGGAUGCCCUCUCCUACCUGCUCCACAGUGCCCUGCUCGGGGCCUACAGCCUCCGGCCUGGCCCAGCCGUUUGCCCCUGCCACUCUACCCCUUACGGGGUCUGGCCGUCAGCCUCGGGUCAGCCAGCGGCCCAGGACGCCCCCAGGCAGCACUGGCCCAGAAGCCAGAGGCAGAGGGAAGUUAAUUGGUCGGAGGAGGGGGAGUUCAAGGGUGGCAGAGAGCUGGAAGCCCCCGUGGGCGCCCCCAAGAGACGGGCGCGCCCUUCCCCCAUUCGGCCCGCCCUCAAGGACCAGGGGAGUGAGUCCUGGCGGCGAAGACCCCUCGCGCCCCUGCCCAAGCCCAAGGAGGAGCAGGAGAGCAGGUACCACCAUCGCCGAAGCCCCGCGGCCUCCUGUGCGUCAGCGCCGGCCGAGCGGGAGAGGGACUAUCAGCACUGCAGGCCUCCUGUCCCUCCUUCCCCGCCCCGGGAAGAUUCCGAGGGUGGCCACCACCGUCCGAGGGCCCCAGCUACGGCCAGCCCCCCGCAGGCUGAGGACUGGGAGACCGAGUACUAUGGAGCCCCGAGUUCCGGGACCGCGGACCCCCAGGACGCCCCCUUGGGCCGCUCCGAGAGCCUCCUUCUGGAUCCCGAGGACAAGGAGAGCAGCCCCGACGCCCGGGGCCGGCAGCUCUGAGCAGCCCCCAGCAUCCCGCCGCCUUCGCAGCUCUGUAGGGGGCAGCAACGGUGGAGUCGCCCAGCCCCGGCCACCUCCUCCACCCAUUGCCGUCUCCAAUCCCCCCACCUCCCAUAGCCACAGCCAUAUAACUUACUGCCCCCCUCCCCCCCCCCCCCCACUCCCAUCCUGACUCUGACCCCAGCUGGGCGUCCCCGACCCCGACUCCAGAGACCGGGUCUUCGUCUCCCACUUGUCCAGCAGGUCUGGGCAGCUGGUGUAUCUCCUUUGACCCAAGUUUCUCAAAAUUUUAGCCGAAUGGGGUUCUGAUCUCCGGCAUUGAGUCCCUCUUCUGGCUCCAGCAAAGGAGGCAGGCAUUUCACUCCCUGUCAGUGCCUCCAGCCCCCAUCAUCCCUGAUCCCUUAGUUCAUGACCCCUAGGGACCCGAGCAUCCCCAUCGCUAGUUCACUAAUAAAGCUGUUCUG